CUUUCUCAUACAAUAAGGGGGCGUUACCGAGGAGGUGUCAAAGCUAUACAUCAUGGAAAUUUAACCCAAUUAAGAAGUAAUUGAGAAAAACAGGUUAUAAUGCAGAGAAAUCGACUGAGUGUAGAUGGUGUGAGAUUUGAGCCUGCAGUCAUUGAGGGAAAUGUUAAUGUGCUGGAAACACCAAAUUUUGUCAUGGUUAAAAGGAGUUGGCAACCAGACCAGGAAGCCCAGGCCUGUCCAUUAUGCAAAUGUAAAUUUGGUGGUUUGAAACGUAGGCAUCACUGCCGGCAGUGUGGGCUUGUGGUGUGCAAUAAAUGUUGUAAUGAAAAGAUACCAUUGCCACAGCUUGGUAUAGAGGAACCUGAGAAGAUCUGUGAAUCAUGCCGACCUGUCACUGCAGCUGUUACAAGGUCAAGGUCACACAUGGCAUCUAUGCAGCUUCAGGCAGCUGAAGAACUGGCAGGGAUGUGUAAAGAUAGUAGACAGCUUGGAAAGAUUUUUGAGUUUGGUGGUUUUCAUACACUUCUGGCACAAAGUAAAGUUCACCUUGAUACUCCAAAUAUGGAAAUAAUGGCACAUAUUAUCAGUGCUUUACAUACAUUAUCGACAUACGAACCAGUACAAGACUACAUGGUCAGCAUCGGAAUUCUUAGAGGUAUUUGCCUGAUACUAGAGAAGGUACCUGGAGACAAGGAACAGAUUCUGCUGGAUGGAAUUAGUACCCUAUGUAUCUAUUGUAAAUCUAAAACAUACCUGUCUAAAGUUUUGGAGACCGGAGGUUUACAGGUAGUUCUGAGAUUGUGUUGUAACACAAGUGACACGGUGGUGCUCAUGUCUGUCAGUACACUCAGUAUGUUAGUGGAGAACCCAUCAACACACACAGCUAUCAUUGACGGUGAUAAAGCUGCACUGCAGAGAAUGCUGAAACUUGCUGCGGCCGAAAGUCCACAGAUGCAGGCCGUAGCACUGAAAUGUUUAAACUACUUGUCAAUGGGUACAGACUGGAAUAAACACAGAAUUAUACAGGAAGAUUUUACAGCUGGGAAGCCAAUGAAGACAGCUCUACAAACAGAGACAUUUAACAUGCAGGUGUGGGCUAAUGCUGCGUGUCUGGUAGCCAACUUAGCCACAAGUACCGAAGACCAGGCACCACUGUCAGAUUGUCUAGACUGCAUGAUGAAGUUACUGCGGUCAGAUAUCACAAAUGUUGACCUAUUAUCACAUAUCACCAGAGGUCUGGCAAACUUUGCAAGAUUUCCACAGAAUUCCAGUAGAGUUGGUUCAGUGUUACCAGUGUUAGUGAGUAAAUGUUUGAAGCACACAGAUAAAACAAUAUCCAAGCAUGCUCUGAGAGCCAUUUUACAUCUUUUAGUUAACCAGACUGACAAUACCAUCACAGAACUUCUUAUAGAGGGUGCAUCAGAAGUGUUCAAAAACAUAGUUGGAACACUCGACAUGACAGACGCAAUGUUCAGUGUUCUUCAAGACCUGUGUCCAGAUAUGGCCAGACCUCUUUGAUAUCCAAGACAGAAGAAGAAUUUAAACUUUGUAGACAUUAUUUUGAUAUCAGUAUAUUAUACAUAAUAAACUAUUGUGCUGAGCACAUAUUGAAAAUUCCAAAAAUGUAUGUGAAACAUUUUUUGUAAACUGCGGCUCAAUUACCUCAGUUUUCAUCAUAUUGCAAGAAAUUUAAUAUGUAAAGCAUUACUUCACAAGAGUUCGGUUCAGUUCAGGGUCAAAAUUAAAACAUUUAUUGCUUUUUAUGUUGAAAUCAUAAUGUCAUUUAACUCAUUCUGUUUUUAGCUCACCUGUCACAUAGUGACAAGGUGAGCUUUUGUGAUCACCCUUCGUUCGUCGUCUGUCGUCUGUGCGUCCGUCCGUGCGUCAACAAUUUCUUGUCUGCAGGAUAGUGGUUUCAUUUAUGAUUUUAUUUUAACCAAACUUGCACACAACUUGUAUCACCAUAAGAUCUCGGUUUCUUUCUUGAACUGGCCAGAUCCCAUUAUGGGUUUCAGAGUUAUGGCCCCUGAAAGGGCCAAAAUUAGCUAUUUUGACUUUGUCUGCACAAUAGCAACUUUAUUUAUGAUUUGAUUUUUACCAAACUGGCACACAACUUGUAUCACCAUAAGAUCUUGGUUCCUUUCCUGAACUGGCCAGAUUCCAUAAUGGGUUCCAGAGUUAUGGCCCCUGAAAGGGCCAAAAUUAGCUAUUUUGAGCUUGUCUGCGCAAUAGCAGCUUCAUUUAUGAUUUGAAUUUAAUCAAACUUGCACAAAACUUGUGUCACCAUAAGAUCUCAGUUCCUUUCUUGAACCGGCUAGAUCCCAUAAUGGGUUCCAGAGUUAUGGCCCCUGAAAGGGCCAAAAUUAGCUAUUUUGACCUUGUCUGCACAAUAGCAGCUUCAUUUAUGAUUUGAUAUUAACCCAACUUGCACACAACUUGUAUCACCACAAGGUCUUGGUUCCUUUCUUGAACUGGCUUAAUUCCAUCAUGGGUUCCAGAGUUAUGGCCCCUUAAAGGUCCAACAUUGGCUAUUUUGGCUUUUGCAGCCAUAUAGAGACUCCAUUUAUUGUUUUAUUUGAUACAAACUGCCAAAAUAUCUUCAACAACUAUAAAUCUUAGAUUCCAUGACAAAUCAGAU